ACGGUAAAUGGAUCAGGCGGUAGAAAUGGAGAGCGAAAGGACUGGGAACAAAAAUGUUCAAGAGCCAUGGCGUGGCUGCAUGACACAAUAAAUGAACCUCACCUCCCUACAAGGACCUCUCUGACCUGCAGAGUCAAAGCCUUGGCAUCGAGCUGCCAAAGCAGAGAAUUUUUAUUUCGGUUUGCUUUGGUCUUCCCUCGUUUAACCCAAGCAGAGAGAGCACGCAACGUUUCUACCGAGCAGGAUCUGCAGAGUCUGUGACUAACAGUCUCGUCUGACAGCUUCAGAGGAAGCUCAGUAUGAGUCGAGAUGGAUGGAUGAAGAAGAAAGCCAAUACCAGUGAAGACAAUGGUUGGGCUGAAAGGGGCGGCUAUAUGGCUGCCAAGGUCUCAAAGCUGGAUGAGCAGUUUAAACUUGAUGCCCCGAGAGAAAAACAGAAAGAAGGGACAUGCUCCGGCAUCUUCAGCGGUGUGGCUAUUUAUGUCAAUGGAUACACAGAGCCAAGUGCAGAUGAACUCCGCAGGUUGAUGAUGCUGCAUGGAGGUCAGUUCCACAUGUAUUACUCACGCUCUAAGACCACUCACAUCAUCGCCAACAACUUACCCAACUGUAAAAUUCAGGAUCUCAAGGGGGAAAAGGUCAUCAGGCCAGAGUGGAUCACCGACAGUAUCAAGGCCGGGCACCUCCUGCCACACUUAAAAUACCAGCUGUACGCUAAACAGAAGAACACGCUCUUCUCUGGCAUGAUCUGGCACCACAACUCAGAGACUGCAGGAUCGAGCCACUGCCCCCUUCAGCCGAGUGUUCAUCAAAAGCUCCAUUUGCCUCAGCAGAACACUGAGUUCUCUGUUUCCCACAGUGGAGGAUCCUCAUCCAGCUGUAGGAACAACUCCAUCCCUGUCCCAGUCCACUGUGAAGCCAACCUGCAGUCCACCCAGCAUAGUUUUAAAGCUCGCUUGGUUAACCCCAAACUGAGUCGUUCGGAGUCCAGCCAGCUUUCAGAUUCCCGGCACAGCAGGUCUUCACUCACAAACCCACUUUCUAACCAAUGCAACACAAAGACCCACACAAAGCACCCCCACAAAUCUCCACAACCGGCUCACCUGCUUGGAGAAGAAUUAAAAAUAAAUGGAGUACUGCAGACCUCAUUGGAUAUCACGAGCCAUUCCAAAAUGAAUGAAAUGCAAGAGUGUAGAGAAGAUGGUUUCUGUUCUGAUGGGGUUUCAAAGGGGGUGAAUAAAGCCCCCCUGAGCAAUGGACACGUUCAUCCUUUUAACGGUGCCUUAAAGUCAGAGGACUCGUCCCUCGUUAGAGAUCCAUUCUCAUCUCACAGGGACGUCUCUAAAUGUAAAAUAAAGAAAUCAACAGAUAAACCUCAGAGUCCUCCAAAACAGAUGAACGCUGACCCAUAUGAGUUCCCCCCCAGCCCUCCAAAGCAGUCUGACCUCCUACCUGGUUUUGUGGAGCAACCCUGCACACAAGGAGCCGAUGGCCAUAAACCACCCACCUCCCACGAGGCUUUACAAGCCAACGACAUCCAGCUCCUGCCUAAACGCCUCCACCCUCACACUCAGGUCCCAGCCGUUUCUGAGCAAACUCCUCCAUCCGUUUCAUCUCGCUCCACUUUGCAGUCCUCGGUUAGACUGAACGGGAGUCACCAAGAUGCCUUCUCAUCUGACCUGACGUUCCUCAGCACAACCUCCGUAACAGCCAAACCUGAUCCGCCCACCGACGAGACCUCAUUGAAGACCUCCGAUCUUCUGCUGGAACAGACAGGCGGUCUGAUCUCGGAGUACUACUCUCACUCGCGUUUGCACCAGAUCUCCACGUGGAGGGUUGGCUUUUCUGAGUAUGUCAACGAGUUGCACAGCAAACGGAAAGCCACAGGGGUCACCUCUUGUCCUGGCAAAGAUCGACUGAGGAAGUCUACAGCUCAGCGGUCUACAAACAGUCAGGGCACGUCAGCACCAGGCAGCAUUAAAUCUUGUAUCUUUCACGUGGAUAUGGACUGUUUCUUCGUGUCUGUUGGGAUCCGACACAAACCGGAGCUUAAAGGGAAGCCUGUAGCUGUUACCAGUAACCGUGGACAGGGCAGAGUUCCCAUAAGAACUGGAGCUAACCUGCAGGUGGAGCUGGAGUACUACCAGAGGAAAUAUACUCAGCCAGGAAAAGCAGAUGAUGAUCUGUCUGGUACUCCCUCACAAGACACGCCCGACUCUUAUGGCACCGGUACAGACCAGGAGGCUGCAGCUCUCUCAAUGGCAGAAAUUGCAUCAUGCAGUUAUGAGGCUAGGCAGGCAGGAGUGAAGAACGGGAUGUUUUUUGGCAAAGCAAAACAGCUGUGUCCCUCAUUGCAGUCUGUCCCUUAUGAUUUUGAAGCCUAUAAAGAGGUGGCUCUGAACCUGUAUGAAAUUCUGGCCAGUUACACCCACGACAUCGAGGCUCUGAGCUGUGAUGAAGCGCUGGUCGAUGCUUCUGCUCUGUGCACUGAGGUUGGCGUCAGCCCUGAUGAUUUAGCCAAAGCCAUCAGAGCAGACAUCAAGGAGAAAACGGGGUGCAGCGCUUCAGUGGGGAUGGGGUCUAACAUCCUGUUGGCUCGGCUGGCAACUCGCAAGGCCAAACCCAACGGCCAGUACUUCCUUAGAUCUGAAGAAGUGGAUGAUUUUAUCAGGGAUCUACCAGUGACCAAUUUACCAGGCGUUGGACAUGUUAUGGCUAAAAAACUUGCUGGUAUGGGUGUGAAGUCAUGUGGGGAGCUCCAGCAAGUGUCUUUAUCUCAGCUGCAGAAAAAGUUUGGACCCCGCACUGGGCAAACUCUAUUCCGCUUCUGUAGGGGUUUGGAUGACCGGCCUGUCCGCUUUAAAAAGGAAAGAAAGUCUGUCUCUGCUGAGAUGAACUACAACAUUCGCUUUACCACGGUCGAUGAAGCAGAAUGUUUUCUGACUAAUUUAUCGAUGGAGGUGCAGCGACGUUUACAAGAAGCUGGACUGCGGGGUCGCAGAGUCACCCUUAAGGUCAUGGUUCGCAAGGUCGGAGCACCUCUGGAACCUGCUAAAUACGGCGGUCAUGGCAUAUGUGAUAAUCUAGCCAGGACUGUGAUGCUCGCUCAGUCCACCGACAGUGGGCAGCUCAUCGCCUCUGCUGUCUUGAAGCUGUUCCACGCCAUGAAGCUGCAGGUCAAGGACCUAAGAGGUGUCGGCAUUCAGGUUCAGCUCCUUGAGGGAAAUCAGUCUGUCACACAUGACUGCCGGGGUCCUCGAACACGCUCCAUCAAAAACAUGUUAUUAGGCCAGGGACUGAGUGCCACGUCCAAUAACAAAGACACUCGCCAAUAUCCAACGGUUCAUCCAAGCAGCUCGUCACAUCAUCCUGCUGAGCCACUUCCAGGAACAAGCAAAGACCAUCCAGAGUGCAGAAAAAGACCAAAACAUUCCCGGACACGUCUCAACUUCAGUAUUGAAGUUCCAUCCCCUUCGCAGGUGGAUCUUUCUGUCCUUGAGGCCCUUCCUGCAGAGCUCAGAGAGCAAGUGGAGCAGUCAUGGACUAAAAGAGAGGAGAGGCCGAAUAACUUUCAUCCCCUUAAUUUGUACAUUUCCUCCCCUGAUCCUCGUUCAGCGUCCCCUCCUCAUCCCGUACCAUACAACCCACCUGCAGGAACGUUGGUUCUGCAGAUUCCAAACCAGCCCGAUAGUCCAGGAAUUGUUCUGGAGUUACCGAACUUCUCACAGGUUGAUCCAGAUGUAUUUGCUGCGCUUCCCAAAGAACUACAGGAAGAAUUGAAGUCUGCCUACAAUCGUGCAACUAAUAUUCAAGCCCAGGUCAAAACAGUGGAGCAGAAGAACCCACUACUGCAGCUAAAGCAGCCGGGGGUAGGGAUCGGUAUCGGUCGGGUGAAGCGGCGCUACAAGAGGAAGAACGGAGUUAGUCCUCUAAAAAAAGGAACUUCACCCCUAAAGAGGCGUCAGGUGACAAAGAGUCCAUCCAAAACCAUACCUCCUGCUGUACGACCACAAGAACCAAUGAAUGUACCAAAGACUGAAAAUGAUCCCUCCACCUCAAAACAAGAGACCCCAGCAUCUGUGACUCCAUCAGUUCCUCGUCCCGUUCCAGCGCUGGCCGGAGCCUGUGAACUGACAGACAUCAAAACACUCCUGAGGGAAUGGGUCACUACAAUAACAGACCCCAUGGAGGAAGACAUCCUGCAGGUGGUGAAAUACUGCACUGACCUGAUUGAAGACAAAGAUCUGGAGAAGUUGGAUUUGAUAAUAAAAUACAUGAAAAGGAUCAUGCAGCAGUCGGUGGAAUCUGUUUGGAGCAUGGCGUUUGACUUCAUCUUGGACAACGUGCAGUUGGUUGUUCAGCAGGUUUACGGUAGCAUCCUGAAGAUAGCAUAAAUAGAAAGGGAGAGCGUCCCAGUUUUUACGUCAUUGACGGAACAAAUCAUGACAAGUACAUAAUUUUUUUUCCAUUACAUUUUUCACUGCAACACAUCACUGUGGUUCACUGUGGUUCAAAUCCUCGUUGUAUAAAUGCAGACAGUCAGAAAAAGAGCCAUAACAAAAAGCACGCGUAUCAAUUUUUGUACUUUUUUAUGUACAAGUAAUUCAUACUGAAGAGCAAUAAAGGUUUUCAAUGUUUACUCACAACCCAAAUUAGCAAAACUCAGCAUAUUUUUAUCACACAUUUGUUUAAUUCUGUUUAAUGUUUGCAGUCAAUACUUUCUUACCUGCUUUUUAUACAUGUAAUGUAGCCAGGCUUUGUAAUAUUUACAGCUUUUGUUGUGUUUUCAAACUUGACAAUUCAGCUGACUCACCCUUUUCAUAUAUAAUUGGUCAUAAUCGAAAAAAGUUUAUUCAUCGGGUAGCCUGGUAGCAUGUUUUAUGCAUUAUUUGACCUCAGAAGUUGUCAGAUGAAUUUUUUUUUUUCAGUUUGUUUUUAUUGGUGCUCGUCUUCAGCACUUAAUCUGUGAAUUACCUGCAGCUGCUGCGCACAGUUGUAUCCUCUUCUCUUUCAAAAAAACAACAAAAAAAGUGCCAAACUUUGUUGCUGUAAAGUGUAAAUAAUGUUUUGAAAGAUCUUUGCCAAACAUUUUAAAAGAACUGUAUGUGGAGGAAUUGCCUCUUGUAUUGUUUACCAAUAGUAAAAUCUUAGUAAUGGUCUUGAAAUUGUAAUUCUUCUAACUCUAAAUGGUUUUAAGUGUUCCCACAUGGAAAUCAGAAGCUAACCAAAGUACAUUACAAAGAGGUUAGCGGUUGAUUCUAUGUAGCACUCUAAAUUGGACGUGGACAUAAAUCGUGGCAAUCAAUGAGCCUAUGCAUAAUUUUUCACUCACUAACAAGAAAGAUGUCUACUCAAGGUAAUGUAACAUUCAUUGAGCAUUUGUAUCAGGAGUUGCUCAAGUGUUGCAUCAAGUUUUCACAGGAUUCUUUAAAAUAAUGCUGGAUUUGCAUAGAAACAAUUGAUCUUUUGUGACUCGGUGACCCAUCUUGUAUAACUCGCACUCUGCAAAUAUUUGCAUGGUUUGUAACUGCAUUAUGUAUAUACUCCGAGUUUAACUUUUAUGUAAUUGGUCUUAAGAAGACACAGCCGGUUGACUUUUGAUCUUUAUGGAAGAUAAUGACAGUGGUUGAAAAGUUUGUUAAAGCAGUAAUCCUAUAUGCAAGCCGGAUCAGUCUGAAUGUAAUUUGGAAUGUGCAACUUUUCACUCACUUUGUAAGAUGUUACUUCUCUUCACUCGUCAUGCUUUUCCUCAAAGAAGUGGCCAAAAGUAAAGGGCCAAAGUUUAACUCUUCGAAUUGGCUCGUGCCUGAAGACCUGAAGCUGUGAAAUUGUUUGUAAGUUUUCUAAAUCUUGGUAAUAAACUUAAAAAGGUUCUGACCUA